AUGGUUCGUCCUCGAGUAUUUUUUGAUAUUUCCAUCGGCGACUCCCCCAUCGGAAGGGUUAUCUUCGAGCUCUUCAACGAUACCGCGCCGAAAACAUGCGAGAACUUUCGCGCGCUAUGCACGGGCGAGAAAGGUCUUUCUCCGCUCUCAGACCGCCCUCUCUAUUACAAGAACAGCAUCAUACACCGUUCCAUCAAGGACUUCAUGAUACAGGGUGGAGACAUCACAAAACGUAAUGGCAUGGGUGGAGAGUCCAUAUACGGUGGCUCCUUCCCGGACGAGGACCUGACUCGUCCGUUGGACGCCCCAGGGUUGCUAUGUAUGGCGAACAAGGGUCCGAACACGAACGGCUCCCAGUUCUUCAUCACCCUCCGAGAAUGCCCACAUUUGAAUGGUAAACACGUCGUAUUCGGAAGGGCGAUCCGUGGAUAUGACGACGUUGUCGCAAAGAUUGCCGAUGUGCCAGUGGAAGAGAAGGAUCGGCCCACAGUACCCGUGACGAUAUCUAACUGCGGCGAGCUCAUGCUGCGCGUCAAGGUGCAGUCACAAGAGCCCGAACCAGCCAAAGCAUCUGCCGCGUCGGGCUCGGAAAGCGAAGGUGAGAGCGCCAGCCAAGAAAGGCGCAAGCACAAGAAGCGGAGACAUCAUCGCUCCGAAAGUCAGGACUCCGAUGACCGCGCUCGCAGACAUCAUCGCAAGGGCAAAAGUCAGCACAAAAAACCCCGCUCGAAGUCUCCUUUGUCCGAUCGGAGAUCAGCUGAAGGUGAGAAGGGGCCGCCACCACCGGAGGAAGAGACGGAAGAACAGUAUGAUGCCCGGCUAGAGCGUGAAGAGAAGGAGCGAUUGGAGGAAGAAAGAAUACGGGAGCUAGAAAGGCUCAAGAAAAAGCUUGAGGAGACGCAGACCAAGAACGGUGUGCGCUUCAAAGGACGCGGUAGAAUGAAGUUCAUCGAUCCAGAGCUGCAUCGCGGUCAUAGAGAUGACUGA